UACUUUUCCCUCUUCUGGUUAGGGUUUGAGCGCCUAGGGUUAUCGCCCCAUUUCUGUUCUUGGGGAGAGAGCAGGGCUUGGCGGCGGGCAUCCUUGUCAUAAUCGCGCGCCUCGCAGCUCCCGCAGCGAUCUAGCGCCGAAUUCCAGGCAAUGGCGGUGGCGCACGCACAAAUGGUCGGGAACUCGUUCAUCAACCAAUAUUACAAUGUGCUCCACCAAUCGCCACAGGUGGUGCAUCGGUUUUACACCAAUGCGAGCUGCCUCACUCGAGCAGAAGCCGGUCCAGAGGGCCAAGCGGACACUGUCUUCUCACAAAGUGGGAUUCAUGAGAAGGUGAUGUCUCUAGACUACGUCGGGCUCAGAGCUGAGAUUAAGACUGUGGACUGUCAAGAUUCGUAUUCUGGCUCGGUUCUUGUGAUGGUCACUGGAUCGCUGUCAAACCGCUCCAAUGGAAGGCGCGACUUUGUCCAGACCUUUUUCUUGGCACCACAGGAGAAGGGCUAUUUCGUACUGAACGACAUUUUCCGGUAUUUGGACGAGCCGCAGGUUUCGACCAUGUCAUACGUUGUGGCGAAUGGUCCUCAAGAGCAUUCUCCGACUCCAGAGUCUGUUCCGGAUACUACUCAUUUGGAAGUGAGUGAGGCUACGCCUGUUGCUACUGAAGAGCAAAUAGACGAGGGAUACGAUAUACCAGAUGCAGACGAAGAGGUUUUGGUGGAGGAGACUGUCCAGAAUGCCGUAUCUUUGGAUGCUGACGAAGUUCUGGACAUCGAGGAUUCACAAUCGCAACCAGACGAGCCAAAGAAAUCGUACGCAUCAAUCUUGAGGGUUGUCAAAGCCGGAGGCGGUGACAGUGUCCAGCAUGUUCUUCAACACGUCCCGAAGCCUCCGCCGUCAAUUCCCGCUGAAAAACCUGCGUUACCUGUGCCUCAAACAGUGGUGCAAGAAAGUUCAGUGGUAUCUCCGCCGAUCGAAACAACCGAUGAGACUGCUGCAGCUCCCGACACACAAGGUGAUGGAAAAUCGAUUUACAUCAAGAACCUCCCAAUGUCCGUCACCACUCCGCAACUUGAGGAGGAGUUCCAGAAAUUUGGGACUGUAAAGCCGGGAACUAAUAUCAAAAAGCAAAACAAUGUUUGCUACGCGUUUCUCGAGUUUGAAGAUGCAAGCUCGGCACGAUCAGCGAUCCAGGCCUCCGGCUCGUUUCAAAUCAGCGGCAAGCCUGUCAUGAUCGAGGAGAAGAGGCCGCUUAGCGCUAGAGGCUACCGAACAGGGGGGCGGGGAAGGGGAAAUCGAAAUGACGGGUCUCGAGGCAGGGGCUACUACAACCGUGGUGCUGCUGGUCCCGCUCCUCCUACCGCUGCUCCUGCCGGUGGUGGCGGCGGCGGCGGUGGCGGCAGCGGCAGCGGUGGCAACAGGAACUACGAGCAGGGAAACCGGGGCCGGGGCUCUCGCGGGGGAUACAACAGCGCUAACAACAAUCCAGGGGACGGUGGCCGAGAUAGUGGUCGCUCCAACAGCGAAGAAUAUCAUCCGCGGUACGAGAGCCAGGGCCACAACUACAACAAUAACUACACCAACACCAACGCCACCAAUGCUGCUACCAACAGUGGCAACUCGAGCGCCGGUCACCACCACCACCAAGCCAACAGCAGCAACACUGGCAGCAGCAACAACCACGGCUAUCCAAACUCGAGGCCUCCUCGCCGGUACGUCAGCCGCGGCAACAACAACAACAGCAACAGUUCCAACAACAGCAACAACCCCAAUUACAAUCGAAGCUCCUCGUCCUCGGCUGGCGGCGCUCCUGCUGCUCCUCCCGCGGCGGUGACAGCUUGAUUGAGGCGAGAUCUCUGGGGAGUGGAAGCAACUCCCCGGUUUUCUCUGGUCUCUGUUCGUCCUUGAUCGUCGCGUCGUCGUCGUCGUCAUCGUCGCCUUCCUUCGGCUCUCUUGGUGGGAUUGUAUUCAUUCGCAAAAUUUUUGUCAGGCUUCUCCAUACUACUACAGGCAAGCUCUCUUUCUCUCUUCCAUGGUUUUUCUUCUUUCUUUUUUCCUUGAUUUUUCCUGUGUGUAGAAAGGUGCGUAGUUUUAGUCUUGGUAGCUCUACUAUCAUCGAGUGAUUGACCGGGUUUGUGUAACGGGCAUUAAUUUUGUCAAAAAAGUGACUUCUUCGAAUAA